AUGCAUACGCUGAAGUUUGGUUCGCAAAAGAUCCCCGUUUACUGUCACAUGGGAGACUUUGGAUGCGGAGAUGGAGGAUGGACUCUGGCCAUGAAGAUUGACGGCACAAAGGUACAUUUCUUAAGCGUCACCCCAUGUUUGUGAUAUUGAUAUUAAUUUUCUAAUUUCCGUUUUCAGAAAACUUUUCACUACGAUUCUCACUCGAUUGCCGGCAUCGCCAGCUCGCGCUGGCGGCUGCCAUAAUUUUUCCCGAUCUUGCACAACAUAAAAGAACCUACUCACAUACUCAACAAGCAUCACGCUUAAGGGUUUCACUGCAGUAUAAAGUAAAUUUGAGCCUAAUUCUGAAAAUGCCGUCGUCUUACACCAGUCCCAAGGGCAGAAGGAUUUAUAAUUACUUCUCAAUCUAUGAAGUGAAUUCAACUCUGGAAUUUAACAGAAUUAGAAUACCUACAGCGAGACGACGUUUUCAUAAUGUUCUUGGCGUACUUACCAUUUACAUGGAAAAACCGGAAAUUCCGGUUGGGAAAUCAAAUGGUUCGCGCCAUUCCGUUUGGGAAGCGUCAGAAAAUGUGGGCUGUGAUUUGCAGCGAUGCAAUUUUUCUACUCUUGUUGGUCUGUUCAGCCGAUUUUGAUAUACUCUGUAGCGGGUUGUUCUCCCACCACGUCAAAUUUCAUAGUUUUAUGUUUAUGCACAGGAUUUCCACCCGGGUGGUUUGUAUAAAUAUUAAGCGCCCCUGAUCUCUUCACUCUCUUUAGUCUUAUUUUUGUCAACAAGGAAGUGGUAGAUAGUAGUGACAAUGGUAUCAAUUAUUCUGGAACUCUUUCCUCAGUAGUUUAAAUAUAUCACCUUUUCUUAUAUUCACUACCGUUUCUCAAGUGGCAAAGAUGUUCAAAACAUCAGAAUGCAAGCUUCAAGUAGUUUUCAGUUUUUCUCUAGGAGAGUGGUUGUUGAGAGAGGGAAACACGCGUAAAUGCUGAAAACUUCCACGUGCGAGUAGCAUGACGCACGUGGAGAAGCUGGGUGUGAGUCCAUCUGAUUUUCCCACUCUCGUGGCGAUCUUUCCCUUUUCACGUGUAAGUUUUACAAAAUAAAGGAACUCCGUUGGCAGUCUAACCGAAAACUUUACACCGCGAUAAGUUUAGUAUUAUAAUCAAAGCCUCACUGAAACGACAGUUACCUUCAAACUGAGUGAUCGUUUAUAAUGAACAUUUUACGUCAAAUUCGACCAAAAAUUUACCUACAUUCACUUCACACACGUGAACAACUGUUAUCGAGCAGGCCUCAGUUGUUCAAAAGGAUAACGCUAUCCACUGGAUAAAUCUCUAUCCACUGGAUAGCGCAAUUGGAUUUUCUAAUACUUAUCCGCUGGAUAGUGAUUUAUAGGGAAGAUAGCGCUUCCAAACCUUUGAAAAACUGACACAAGCUGCCAAAGGUCGGUAACUUUACAUUUGUUAAGUGCUGUGACCUAGAAAUGUUUACACAGAAAUCAGACGAGUUUACGAAUAAUUAGUAAAUUAGUCACGAAGUUCCAGCAAGAUAAUUUUCUCGUUUCACUAACAAUAACUUCAGAGCUGAUUAAUGAAUGGAAAUGAAAAAAAAAUUGGUUACCAAUAAUCCAGUACCAUCGAAUCCUCAAAGACACUUAAGUCAAAGUAUUCAUUCAAGACGCUUAACGGCUUCAACAUGCGCUCGUUCGUUUUCCUCGCACUUGCUGUUAUAAUAUCAUAUGCCGCGAAUGGCGCCAAACCGUCAAACUUACGCAAUAACCAAACACCUCUUCCAACAGACUGUAAACAGCUCUCGUCGAAUGUGACUGAAGUCUGCGACAACGCCCUCAAGAAGAUGGAAACGAAGCUGGAAAAACUCAUCGCUAACAAGCUGGAAACAAAGCUGGAAAAGCUGCUCAAACAGAACUUGGAAACAAAGCUGGAAAACCUUACUGCGACGUGCCAGGACGCCUUCAAGAGAGCGGAGUCGAAGCUGGAGAUAAUCACUGCACAGUCUAACAAAACUUUAUUGUCAGGUACAGUGUCUUUCAUAGUAAUUUUUAGAAAGUUUGACAUAUCGGUGAAUUUUGCCUUUUAAUCUAACAAGGGUUUUUUUUGCAGUCAUCUCCACUUCUUGCAAGGAACUGUACGAUGUACACAAGUAAGUUCAUUUCAGUCAAUGCUUAUUUUGCUGUAUUUUAAAAUUUGAGUGAUUCAUGUUUUCAUCCCAGGUUUACCAGCCAUUCGCGCGUUUAGUGGAAAAAAUCGAAACAUAACAAAAAAACGGCGACCCACACAUUACAGAUAGAUGGCACAACAUGAUGACAAAAACAUUAAAUAGUCCAAAUCAUUAAACAAUUUGCAUCAAGAUAUCCAGUAAGAAAAAUCGAACUGUGAACACAAAAAGUAAGAAUUCGAGUCGUAGACUAGACGUUAAUCCAAACUAUUUUCUUUCGCAAAUUUGCCAUAAUUCUGGAGUUCUAUAAACAAUUCCCAACGCAUCGAUGCACUUGAACGCAUGGUGUUUGAUAUUUGAGUACGUUUUCAAUAUCUGACAGAAUUUGAAAUAGACCACAACUUUUAGAGACACGUUCCAUUUGAAUAAAAGGAUUGCUUUGCCUGACGUUGAUUCGCAAAGAGUAAGAACACAUAUUUUAGGCCAUCAAAUGAUUUCUUCUCCAACAGGUUUACGGCAAGUCGAGUGUAUACACUGAAGUUUGGCUCACAAACGAUUCCUGUUUACUGUCACAUGGGAGACUUUGGAUGCGGAGAUGGAGGAUGGACGCUGGCCAUGAAGAUUGACGGCACAAAGGUACAUGUCUUACAAGCAGUACGUCAUUCCAUGUUUGUGAUAUGGAUAUUAAUUUACUGAUUUCCGUUUUCAGAAAACUUUUCAUUAUGAUUCUCACUUCUGGAGCAACAAAAAUCCAUACAACUUUGCCGGAGGAAGGACCAGGUUUGAUUCACAAGAGACCAAGUUGCCAACCUACUGGAACACAGCCUUCUCCAAGAUCUGCCUGGGUAUGAAGAUCGGCCACCAAUUACAGUUCGUUACUAUCAACAAGUACGCUAGUUCGCUGUACUCUCUGAUCGCUGACGGCCAAUAUCGCGCAACCUCACUCGGUCGUAACACCUGGAAGAAGCUGAUUGGUCCACAGGCCUCCUUACAGACCGACUGUAACAAGGAAGGGUUUAAUGCUAUCUGUAGCUGGAAACAACAUUCUAAAGCAAGAAUUGGUAUCACCAGUAACGAAAACGGCAACCAUUGUGACACGUGUGACUCCAGAAUCGGAUUUGGUACAGGAGGAAAUCAUGACGACACAAACACGUGUGGAAAUGAGGCUACAUGGUCACCAGACAACGGAAACAAGCACAUCAAGGCCAUGGGCUACAUCUUGGUUCAGUAGUAAAGAACCCGGAACUUUCCCCGGAGCAUAAAAAUUUUAGUUGUUUAGUUGCGUAAGCUUUCUCAGCUCGGAAGAAAGAAAACCCAUAACGGGACAUUACGUGCCAGUAACAUGUCGGUUAAUUUACGAUGUAAAGAUAGCCU